UACUGUAUUAGUCAGCCAAGGUCUUACACAUGUAUCGCAUGUAAAGCUAUAUCGCUAUUUCACUUGUGCUCGCUUUUUAAUGCACGAAUUUUGAAAGCACGUGCAACGAAACCGUUAGUGAAUGUAUUAUACAUUAGUAAACGCGCGGACAUAUCCGAUGCAUUGAGUGAAGUCAUUGUAAAAUCUUGGAUAACUUAAUGAGCAGCUCUUACAAGAAAUAAUGGAAUAAGUGAGGUUUUUAUAUAAAAUUUGUAUCACCAUGGUAACACUAAGUGCGAUUCUUCAAGCUCCGAUUCAGGCGGUGUUGAGGCCGUCAAUGUGGUUACCGUUUAUCCGUUCGUUGCACAGUCACACUGAAACCUGGAGUAUAGAUUGUACAAAGACAGAGUUCAUUUCUUCAAUAUUGACGGCGGUACAUACUGUCAUGGAGCAGGAAGAUAAUAAGGAAUUCUGGGAUAUCCACAAGGUUGAGAAAGAUGGAACGUUUAUCCGAAUAUUCGCGUUUACUCGUGCAGAAUGGCUUGAUGUCAUGGAGAUAUCUUACAAAGAUGGUCAUUAUGAAGCGCAUUCGUUUUCAUCAGGUGUUGUUCCUCUUAUUGUUCCCUUCGCUUUUAUUUGUAACCUGGCAUUAUUUUAUACACCCUUCCUGGACACAGGUUUGAACAAGGAACGAUUAAAACGUUUAAGAGAUGCGUUGUCAGUAAAUGUGACAGUUGUUUAGUGAAAUGUUUCUUUUAGUAAAAACUUAACCUUUGAUUUUUGUUAUAAUUCUGAUAUACAUGUAUUUGUUUGAUAACUGUAUAAAUUUAACCGUUUAA